AGUCGCUGCAACUACUUGAGUAAGAUAACAUGCAUUAACAAAAAAACGAGAAAGAGAGGAACCAGCCGGAGAUGUCGGCGACCGUGGUGAGCAUGGCGAGGUCCAUGCUGGUGGGCGCCAUCAGUGUGGCCGCCUCUGCCGCCGCGGCCGAGAUGAGCCUCCUUAUGGGCGUCCGCAAGGACAUCUGGUUCAUCAAAGACGAGCUAGAGACCAUGCACGCAUUCCUUUUGUCCACUGAAGCAACGAAGAGCAAGAGCAUGGUACUGAAGGUUUGGGCGAAGCAAGUAAGGGACCUUGCUUAUGGUAUUGAGGAUUGUCUAGAUGAAUUUAUGGUACAUGUGGCAAGUCAGAGUUUGUCUCGACGAUUAUUUAAGCUGAAAGACCGUCAUCGGAUCGCCAAACAUAUCCGUGAUCUCAAAGCAAGAGUUGAAGAAGUGAGCAAUAGGAAUACACGGUACAACUUGAUCACCACUGAUGCCUCCAGCAACGUUGAAGAGGUGAAUUCUUACAUGGAAGAUAUUCGCAGUCACUCAGCUAGCAAUAUUGAUGAGGCAGAGCUUGUGAGCUUUGUAAAUUGUAAAGAGGAGCUGAUUAAGAUGAUGGAUGUCAACUCCGGAGAUGAUCUUUCCAAGGUAAUAUGCAUCGUUGGCAUGGGUGGUUUAGGCAAGACUACUCUUGCAAGGAAGGCAUAUGAAUGUAAAGAAGAUAUUGUGAAUAAAUUUUCUUGUUGUGCUUGGGUCACUGUCUCACAAUCGUUUUCCAAGAUAGAGAUGCUCAAGGACAUGAUUAGACAACUCUUGGGUGUCGAGUCAAUGAAGAAAUGCUUGAAAGAACUCGAAGGGAAGGCAGUGCAAGUAGAUGAUCUCGGCAUGUACCUCAGAGAAGGAUUAGAAGAUAAGAAGUACUUUAUUGUUCUUGAUGACUUGUGGACCAUAGAUGCAUGGAAGGGGAUAACACAUAUUGCUGUUCCUUCUAGAAACAAUAAAGGUAGCCGGAUAAUAGUCACAACACGAGAUGCUGGCUUGGCUGAGCAGUGCACUUCUGAAUCACUUAUCUACCACCUUAAGCACCUGGAAACAGAUGAUGCCACGGAUUUGCUACUAAGAAAAAGUAGGAAAACACAAGAAGACAUUAAAAAUUCUGAGAAAAUGAAGACCGUGGUCACCAAUAUAGUGAAGAAGUGUGGCGGUUUACCGCUGGCUGUACUCACUAUAGGAGGCAUGCUUACCAGCAAAAAACUAACAGAGUGGGAAAGUAUUUAUAAGCAGAUCCCAUCAGAGCUCGAGAGCAACCCUAGCCUCGAAGCAUUGAGGAGGAUAGUUACUCUGAGUUACAACUACUUGCCAUCUCAUCUCAAGUCAUGCUUUUUGUAUUUGAGCAUUUUUCCUGAGGAUUUUGAAAUCAAAAGGAGGCGUAUAGUAGAGAGAUGGAUAGCCGAGGGGUUUGUUAGAGCCAAGGUUGGUGUAAACAUUGACGAUGUUGGAAUAAGUUACUUUAAUGAGCUAAUCAACCGAAGCAUGAUUCAACCCUCAAGAGUGAAUAUGGAAGGAAUCAUUAAGAGUUGUCGAGUCCAUGAUAUCAUGCGUGAUGUCAUGGUCUCAAUCUCUAGAGAUGAAAAUUUUGUGUUCAUUGCAGAGAGUAGUGUAACUACUUCAGUAGAACACAACUUCCGUCAUGUAGCAUACCAUGGUAGCAUAUGCCAAAACAUAGACAUGGAUUGGAGAAAUGUGCGGUCAUUAACCGGAUUUGGUGAGAGAUCCAUCGGGCCAUCACCUAAAGUUUGUUCACAUGACAUCAGAAUGCUUAGAGUCUUGGAUUUAGUGGAUACAAAAUUUCAAGUUACACAGAGAGAUAUAGAUAACAUAGGAUUAUUGGUCCACUUGAAGUAUAUGAAUAUUCGGCUUGAUGAAGACUGUGCAUAUGUUUACAAACUUCCAAGAUCCAUUGGUAAGCUACGGUACUUGCAAGCUUUGGACAUCCGUGACACAUAUAUUACAUCACUGCCAACUGAGAUAAGUAAACUCCAAUGUCUCCGUAGUCUCCAUUGCACAAAAGAAGUCUUGUUCAGAGCUCUUGAUCCAGUUGAACCAAUUGACUGUCUGUAUGCAACUUUGUGUGUACCCAAAAUGUUCACACCUUUGGUUGAUCCUGGUCGGCGUGCUGAAGUCACUGCUGAGCGAUGCAUGACAUGCUCUAGUCGCUGGUCCAUGUCGAUGGGCGUGAGAGUGCCUAGAGGUAUUGGCAACUUAAAAGAGUUACAGAUACUGGAGGUUGUGGAUAUCAAACGCACUUGUAGGAGGGCAAUUAAAGAGCUGGGGAAGCUUAUGCAGCUAAAAAAACUGAGAGUUGUAGCCAAAGGAGCCACCCUGCAAAAAUGUAAAAUCUUGUGUGCGGCGAUCGAGAAGCUAUCUUCCCUGUCAUCUCUUGGUGUGGAUGCUAGAUCACUCAAGUUGCUGGAUUAUAUUUCCACCCCUCCCCCCCUCCUAAGGACCCUGAAGUUGGGUGGACCUCUUGGAGAGGUGCCCGGCUGGUUCAGGAAUCUUACGAAUUUGGUGAAGAUUUACUUUAAGCGGAGCUAUAUGAAGGAAGGUGGUAAUACCAUGGAAAUAUUGGGGGAGCUCCCUAACCUCAUGCUCUUUCAUCUGGAUUCGAAUUCUUACGAUGGGGAUAAGCUCGUGUUCACCACAGGAGCAUUCCCAAAGCUAAGGAAACUUGAGGUUUUAGAUCUGAAUCGAUUGAAGGAGGUGAUAUUCGAGGAGGGCACCUCACCCAACAUUGAAAGGAUAGAAAUUGGUCGUUGCUCGUUGAGAUCAGGGAUUAUUGGCAUUGAACACCUUUCAAGACUCAAAGAGAUUUCACUGGAUCACCAUGGUCAAGUGGCGAGGCUUGGUAUGCUGCAACGUGAAGUGGACGCACAUCCCAACCGUCCCGUUCUGCGACUCAGGUGGGACUGGAGCCACCAUGACCUCGAUGACAUCGUCCAAGGAUAAAAGUGCAACAGCCAAGACCGUGACAAUGGGGACGUCGACGAUGAUCAUUUCUGCGCCUGCAAUUAUGACGACGAAAAUGGCGAUGCUAGAUGAUCAAUCGAUGUUGCUCGUUUCUUUUCUCAGGUCGAUUGCCGCCCCUCCUACUGCUCCUGGUGCUAUCUUUCAAGUCUACUGCCGCACACAGGGAGUUAAAGAGAAAAGUAAAUAAGGCUCAUGGCCAUACAGUCUCCAAUGGUCUACGACCAACCAGUGCAUCCUUACCAGCAACUCCAAUGCUGGACUGCCAGAGUCUCAAGAACAGAACCUGCAGUAUCACUCUGCUGUCACGGAAUCUCGCCAUUACCAAUUAGGCUAUGUUAUAUAUGAUUCUCUUCCUCAACCUGGAGCGUGGAAUGGUCAACAUUAUUUGGAAUUACAAAUGGAAGAUGCGUCCUCAAAUUUGCCUGACGUCUGUUGACUUCUUUUUCCACAAAUGAUCCUUUCUGGCACAAAUAAUGGGUGCUGGAGCUUGAUGUUAAAACUGCAAUCUCUGCCACUCAGCCGCCGCCGGUGUUACUCUUGGAGAUCAAAAAUGCAUUCGGAUGUGCUACAUGGAUCGCAUACAUACUUGCUGGCCCUGAUUUCCAGCUUUUCAGUUAGGCCUAGACGAGUCGUAUCAGCUUUUCCCAAUAUCUCGAAGAGAACCCCAAUAGAACCAUUUAGAUUCUCCGACCAGAAACAAUAAAACCAUCAUGGUGAGUGGUUACGCGUCAACGCCAGGUCAAUUUAUAGUUCUAGUCCACUUGCCAUGGAGUUGAUCAGUUUGAAGUCGAAUCAUAUUUUCUUCCACUCCAACAGCUUCCAGUCCCAGCAAUCCGUCUUCUGUGGUUCCGAGAAUCACCGUAGCACGAUGGUCAUCUGCAUAUAUUCUCUUCUUUUUUCUGCCACUGUAUUUGCACUCUGCAUCCAAGAGCCUGGCAAACUGAAUUUCAUGAAUUACGCCUGCUUAGGCUGCUCUAUCUUCCACAUGUAACAUCAUAUGUACCAGAUGCCAUUAACUUUUUAUUUCAAUUUUC